AAAGUGUUCUUUGUGAGUCACCUGCCUUCAACAUUGAAAAUUAAGAGGGGAUGGAUGUCUUAAAUGCUAACGGAUGGUACUCAACAAGCUAAAGCCUAUCGCAAGUGUGACUGCUGCUAUGUUUUCAUAACGACCCUGACCUAUUUAAAAUAAAUUAGCUGUCUAUGAAGCAGGAUUUGUUGUUGGUUUUUUUUUUCUUUCAAUAAUUAUAUUUUCCCUCCUCCCACUCACCCUAUAGCCAAUAAAUUUACCCUGACAGUACCUAAUUUGCAGGACGAAAACUGAAGUCAGAAGAUUUACUGAAGGUCAGAUGAAACCACGUUUGUUCAAAGACCAUUUUUCAUUCUUGGAAGCAUCUCAGCUUAGUAACUUCAACACGAGUUCGUUCUCCUUCCCUCUGCAUUGAUGCUUCCCAGCAAUGAGACACAGGGCACUGCUGGCAGCCAGGCAACACAAGGGGCACAAAGAAAUUAUAGGCCAAACAAAUAUGUUUAAGAAGUAAGUACACAUUUACCUGCUCAAACAUACCGGUUGAGUUUGAGCAAAGAAAGGAGACCAGAAAGUUUUGAAUGAGCCUAAGUUCUCAGUACAGAUGAAAUAAGAGGCCUGGAUGCACCUGACCUCCAAACGCAGGCUGCCUCCAGCACAAAGGCAUUUUUCAGUACUGAGUCCCCAGAAACCAGGAUUAUGUCCCAAAGUCCAUGCACUGUCUGAGCCUUCUGUUACAGACUGGAAAGUGCAGAUCCAAAGAAGAGCCUCAAGUAAGAAAUCUUCACAGACAGAAGUCAAUCCACGCUGGGCAUCUGGAUGCCUCCCUGUGAGAGCUACUGCAGGGAGCCUGCUUUAGCAGGGGGGUGGGACUUGAUGAUCUUGAGGUCCCUUCCAACCCCUGCAAUUCUGUGAAUCAGUGCAACGUGGUUGGCAAACAUAAAGGAAGGGACCAACAGCCCCAUCCAUCAGACUGUUCCACAAGGCUCUAAAUCUCAUUUACCCCCAGAUAACAGGUAAAAUGAGAAAGGCAAAGACAGAAUUCUGGAUAUUCAGGACAUCUGUCAAUCUGAUGGAGAUUCCAGUCUGUGGCAUUUCAUAGCAGCAUUUCCCUGUAUUUUAUACAAUCAGGAAACAGCACAGAUGCUCUGCUUUCUCAUUGUAGGUGAGCUGAGGACAGAAUUGGUGAGGCCUUGUUGAAAAGAAAACUAAGCAAAAAGCAUAGUACACAGAGGAAACUAUGAAUUUCAGCUGGAUAAAUAUAAAGAAAAUAAGUGAUUCAUUCAUAACCAAGAGGCUUCAAUUUAUACACAUCUAUUUUUGGGCAGGAUUCCUGCUGUUAAAGCAGAAAUGCCAUAAAUAAAAACUUUGUAUGACUUAGAUACUAUCAUGGAGAAUUAAAUGCCCUUCCUUCCUUUUUCUGCAUAAACUUACAAAGCAAGUAACUUUAUCGAUUGCUUUUGUUUUCAUUUUAGAUUCAGUGAGAGAUCAGGGUGAUGACAUGGUGCUAUAGAGGGUCAUCAGACCAAAAAAGGUAGGUAAUAAUGUGUGAAUUUUGUGGGAACUGAGCUAAUUAAACCUCCAUCCCUCCAACUCUAUCCUGAGAGAUAGUCUUUACAAAGACUUACAGCAGGCAAACAGCAACUUCAUAAAGUCCAACAAAGAGAAUUGCAAAGCCCUGCCCCUGGGCAAGAACAACCACAAGUCUCAGAACAGGGUGGAACAGCUGGAAAGCAGCUCUGCAGGAACUCCCAUGGGAGACCUGAAGGGCAACAGUUUGAGCACAAGCUAGCAAUGUGUCCUUACAGCAAAAGCUACAUCAGGAAGAGCAUCUCCAGCAAGCCAAGGGAAGUAAUCCUUCUCUCCUCUGCAAUAGUGAGAUCACAUCUGCACUUCUUGGUUGUCUUGGGCUCCUCAGUACAAUGGAAGCAUAGACAUCCUAGGAUGAGUCCAGUGAAGGGCCAUGGUGAUGGUUAAGGGGUUGGACUGUCUGUCAUAAGAGGACAAGCUGACAGAGCUGAGCCUGCUGAGCCUGGAGAAGUUCAGGAGUAUCUUGCCAAUGUGUAUCAACACCUGAUGGGAAGGGGUAUGAAACUGAGCCUGAAUCUUCUAAAUGGCACUCAGUGAGCAGACAAUGGACACUGAAAUACAGGAAACUAUUUAAACAUAAGAAAAAAAAAGAGCAACCAAAAAAGUAAACCAAACCCAGACAACCCACACUGGAACAGGUUAUGCACUCUCAAUCCUUGGAAAUACUAAAAGCCCAGCCAGACACUGCUCCAGCUGACCCUGCUUUGAGCAGUACUUGGACUAGGUUACCUCCAAAGAUCCCUUCCAACCUGAACACUCUUGUGGUUCUGUGGUUCUAUGACUGUCCAGGUUAUUGAUGUAUUCUGUGACAGGAAGAGCAACAAGCUGUAUCAACAAACUCUGCUACUGAAAGAGCUAGAUUAGUUGCUAGAAUCACACCCAGCAGCUGGAGUGAAAGUGAGUUUCUGUUCAAAGCCCUGCCAAUGUAAACACUAUUGUUCCAGAAUAUGAGCUCUAUCUGUGGGAUUUCUUAACGUGCCUCAAGAACAUGGAUAUCAUUAGGCACCUUAUUAGCACCCUUGUGAGAGCUGCAUGGCUAGCAAGGAAGGGAGCUGCAUGGCUAGCAAGGAGAGGGGCUGGCUGCCCCAGCCUGAAUACAGCGUUUAGCUGAGCUUCUCCUUGAAAACAUUCAAACCUUGUGCAUGGAAUGCAAAAAUGGGAGAGAAAUAAGGAAGGGCUGGUCCUUCCCUUUCAUCUUCUGAUUAAAUGAUGAGCUGCUUGGUAAAGAGAUACAGGACAUUUCACUGCAAACUUUCCCUAGUUGGCACAGAGGAUUUUUAGUUUGCUUUCUUUUUAUUCAGGGUUAAUGAUUCCUGAAAUAAAAAAAGCAAUGUAAAUAUAAUUCCUGAAGAUGGAACAUUCAGAAGCAAUACUCCUUCAAUCUCAAAAUUGCUCAGCUCACUUUUUAAAUCAGUCUCAGAAGUAGGGCAGGAGGUUUGCCUAAUUAUUUAGCGAGCAUUUGCACUUGAAAACACUAUUCUAAAUUACACUGAUUGUAUCCCAGAGCCCAACUUUAGGCAUAACAGUAUGGUCUGUUACAUCACAGGAAGCUAUUUUAGCAGGAGUAUUCCAGCAGGAAUAUUGUUUAGGUUUUAGAGCCCUCUUCUAUCCAGGUGACAUGAAAUGUAAGAUAAUGAAAUCAGCUAGAGCUGGAUCAUCAGGAAUGAUUUAUUUUAUAAAACUGUCCAUUUUUAAUCAAGGCUGAUUUAAUUAUUUAGAUAGACCUGUUUGGGAACAAAAUUAACUUCUAUGCUGGCUUCAUUUUUCAUCUGGGAAUACAUUAUGUCUGUGAAUGCUGAGCUAUAAUUUAUUUCUAAUCCUGCUGGUGUUUUUGCUGUACACACAAUAAAUUAACAUAGGAGAAAGGAUGUCCUCUGCAUCUUGUUACCACUUCAGCGGUUUUCACUUCAGUCCACCCUGCUCUUUUCUCUUUGCAUUCUUGCAUGGUUCUGCACAUCAGCUAUCUAUAAUUACCAUCAUCCAAAUUGCAAAUACAGCCUGUUUAUUUCUCAUAUCCAAAACAGGAGCAUGAGAAGAAAGGCUGGGUAAACUGAGCAUAACUGCGGUUCAACAGAACAAUGUCACUGGGUCCAAAUCUAGCAAAGUCUGUACGCACAAACUUAAUUUAAAACAUGUUAGUAUUGUUUUUGCAAGAACACUUUUAAUGUUAAGGCUUCAGUAGCAAUUUUCAUACUUAAAUUAUGCACAAGCCAAAGAACUUCACUAGACAGAGGCCUGACCUCCACUACUAAAUGCAACCCUCUUUGUCUUUCAGAACCAAAUUAAUUCUCUUAUUAUCCUCACACUGCAAUGCACUCCUUAGACUCAGAUUUUGAUUGAAGAUUUAAAAUGGAUAAUAUAAAUGUGACAUAUACAUUAAGUGAAAUUUCAGAUAUAUGGCUUUUUAACUUUCAAAAACAGCUUCACUAGAAGUGGUUCACUCUUAGUAAAUUACCUCUGACAAGUCCGAAUCUCCCCGAUAAGCCUCUCAAAUACUACAGCUUCUGCUCAGAGGAAUAUCUAAAAACUCAUCAUGCCCAGCCCUUGACAAAGAACAAGAAUUAGAUUCAAACUGAAAAGAAGCGAUGCUGGGAGAGGCUGACAUUCAAAAAGGGUAGGAGGAUAAAAGAGAGAGCAAAAUGACAGACCCAGUCUGCACCAUUACUAAAAUUAGAUCAUUUCUUUUGUUCUCCUGAACCUUCUGCUCUAUUUGCCAGGAAUCAUAUUAGCAACAGAAACUGUGAGAAUCUGUCCAACCUUAUUAGAGAAGCUGGGCACAAAGAAAUUAUGAAAAUCCUUUUUAAAUGUACUUGCACAUACAAAGGAGAAAAGCAGAGUUUCAGAAUUUUGAAAGAUUACAUCAAAACCACGUCGGAAAAACUGGACGUCAAACUAACAAAGCUUAAUUAACAGUACUGCAGUACGCUGAGCACAAGCAGAGAACAGAACUUUACCAUUUGCAUCAAUAUAGAUAUAGUUUUAAUGCUCCAGACAGGGAUAAACACAGGCAUGCUCACAAGCUCCUCUCCUCCAAAACAUUAAUCUAUUGUCCAAGCACGGCCACCUGUAAGAGCUCCAAAGGGUCAGCUCUGCUAUUGGGAAGCAUUUUGGCAGCCGGCUUAUGCUGCAGGACAGUGCAUUUCUUCCCCGUCCUUUUUCCCUAGCUCCAGCACCCCAGCUCAUUCCCACCCCCUCACUGUGAUUCUAGCAGAAGUAGAAUUAAUCACUUGCUGCUAGCGUGGUGAAGCACGGGGGGUGGAUACUGUCAGCUUCUAACCAUUAGGCUAAAAAGGCAUUUGUUCAUAUAAAGUGGGAGAUUCACCUGCAGGCCUAAUGGUCUGUCCUGCCAUAGGAGCAGCUGAUGGUGUAUACAAAUCAUGCACCCCUCAGUGUUGUGGGAAUUUCACGAGAAUCUUCACAGUGAGAUCCUGAUGGAGGCAAUCAGAACCCAGACCCUGAUAACUACGGGGUGUGAAGGCGAUCAUUCUUGACUGGGUGAAGUGCACCCACUGGCUUGCAUGCAGAUGAUAUAAAUUCAGUACUAAUACAAGAGCUACAACUUGUCCUGAAGCUCCAGCAGUGAGAGGUAGUAUGCUGCUGGAGUGGGGUCUCUUGCACACAGUCUGCCUCCAUUCAUAACCACAACAUCUACACAGCCAUGGACUGUGGGAUAAAUGACAACCAUGACGUCUGCAUGGCCACAGGAUUCUUACACCCUGUCAAACCAAAGAUGCAAAAUAUCCCAUAGUCAGUCCUCGGUUGUCACAUACAAUUCAAGCAGUACACAAAUUUGCAAUCUGUAGUUCUUUUUCUGUCCCUUUCUGCUCAGAUCAGUGACAGAUUCUCAAAGCACAGCAAUCGAAAGAGACUUCCAAGACAAGUGAGCAACUGAAUGAAAGUUAAUACUUGAUAAAAUUCACCACAUGGGUGACCGUUACAAUGGCACGAUCAAUAGUAGUUCAGAAAUACCACUGACAGCCCUUGGACCCAGGGAAAUGUAUCUUUCACACAGAGGAACUUUUUAAAACUUUUUUUGUAAAGUAGAUAGUUUAUUUUAAAGGGAUAAAGUCAUCCAAAAAAAAGCAAACUCCCAAGUAUUCCAUGGCUUUCUGCCAGCCUAAAGUCAUACUGUCUAAAGGAAUUACUUCUAAGGGAGCCAUGAAAAAGUAGUUGUGGAUAAUAUACAUUCAGCAUACACAGCUUCCUCAUUCAUAACAAAGUAAACAUAAGAAGUAUGAAAAUAUGCAAGAUGUUUACUUGGGGAUCAGAUUUAAGAGCCCUUUCACCAAUUAAAAAGAAGCAACCCAAAAAAACAAGUCCUAAGCCUGCAAAUAGUUUAUGUAUAUCUCAAUUCAGGCAGAUGAGAACUAUUAAUUUCAGAGGAAUUGUUCACAUGCUUGCAGUUACACGCUACAAUAAUCUGGAAAGGACAGCUGGAGGCUGGCAAAAUUGACCUAUAACACUUUUCAAGUUUUAUUUUAUAUGACCAAGAAAGCUCUUCUAACUUUUGGAGAAAUAAAUUAGUAUGCUCUCUUUUCCAGUACUUAAGAAUUUGCACUGACUCAAUUUCUGAUUUCUUCUUGAAUAAGGACAGGCAAGAAUCUUUAAGUUCUGAAACACAAGCUGCAGAGAUUGUCUUUAAAUAAAGCUUAAGUCUGCUUACCCCCAAAAUUGUCAGAGGAUUUACAUUACUUCAGUACGGGAUUUUAAUAGGAGACACAUUUCAAGGACAAGGUGUGAAUAAACCUGAAGUCUGGAAUGCUGGAGAAACCCAGCAGCCUGAGAUGUGCAUCAUCCUUCCCACUGGGCUCUGGUGUCACUUGUACUAUUGACCUCCAUCAGAAAGAAACCCCAUAAAUGUAAAUCUGUCUUUUUUGGUAACGUUUCCCAAGUUUUACACUGGAUACCCAUCACUUUGUCUUUUUGUUCUCUCUGAAGAAUACAGACUAACAAGCCUCCAAAAAAAGUUACUACGCUUCUGACUCAAAUCGCUCAGAGGAAUUCCUUUGCUGUAUUCAGAAUUUCCAGUACAUAGAAAUGCAUUAAACGUUAUUAGGGAUUCAGAUUCAAACGGAUGCAAUAGUUUUUAAGAACUUACAACAUGAAUAUUAAGGUAGACAGAUGCAUGCCCUGCUACCCUACGGUACACAGUUGCACAUUAUAAUACUGUUGGAUGUAAAUCCUAUGAAGCACGCUCCGUCUAUUCAACAGUGUUCAGUGGUCGAAAGCGGUCAGUAGGGCCCGGGCAGGUGGGGGACACAGGGACAGCAACCUGCGCGGGCUGGGGGGGGGGUCACUUUUUUCUUCACUUUGGGAUCCUGCCAGCAAGCCACGGCUAGACAGGGCCCUCACGUCUCAUUUUACAGCGGGACGACGGCACUUAUGGCCGACAGACACACGGUGCCGCCGACGGAGCUUCGCCCGCAGCGCCGCGCGGCCGCUUCCCUCAGGCGGCAAAAUGGCGGCGGCGGCUGUGAGGGGAGGGGGCGCCGCCGCGAGGCCGCAGCGCGGCCGUUAUCCAAAGCCUCCUCCUGCUGCUCUUCCCGCCCUGCCGGCGGGGAGGAGCGCCGGGCCGCGGCCUGCGCCGUUCACGCCCCCUCAGGGAAGCGGUGGGGCCGGGGUGCGGGGCAGCGCUCCGCCGUCCUCCUCCUCCCGCCGCAGGCUCGGCCCCGUUCCCCUUCUCCCCGAGCUGCUCGGAGCCCGGGCCUGAGGAAAAAUGAUACUCAUCCAGCAUUCCUGAGUAAUAAGAAUGGGUCCAGAUGUACCGCUGCUCAACGAUUACAAGCAGGAGUUCUUCUUGAAGCGCUUUCCGCAGACUGUGCUGGGAGGUCCCCGGUUUAAACUGGGCUAUUGUGCCCCUCCUUACGUAUAUGUGAAUCAGAUCAUUCUUUUCUUGAUGCCAUGGGUUUUGGGAGGAGUAGGAACGCUUCUGUACCAAUUAGACAUUAUGAAAGACUAUUAUACUGCAGCACUUUCAGGAGGACUGAUGUUUGUCACUGCGCUUAUUCUUCAGAUGGCAAAUCUAUAUGCAAAACAGAAAACAGUGACAGUAGAAAGAAUGCAAAUCCAGAAUGCUCUAACAGAUGAAGAUGAGUUUGAAUUUUCCAGCUGCGUAGGUUCAGAGACAGUAAAAUUUAUUAUUCCUGGCAAGAAGUACAUAAUCAACACUGUAUUCCAUUCGCUUCUGGCAGGGGUAUUGUGCGGGCUGGGAACUUGGUAUUUGCUGCCAAACAGAAUAACCUUGCUGUAUAACAACAUUGGAGGAACUGUUAUGAUCUUUGUGUUUGGAUGGGUGACUGUAUGUAUAGCAGAGUAUUCGUUAAUAGUAAAUACAGCUACUGAGACAGCUACUUUUCAAGCACUGGAUACUUACGAAAUCAACGCUCUGAUGAGACCUUUCUAUAUUUUUGUUUUUAUUGCAGUGGAUCUUGCACACAGGUUUGCUGUCAACGCACCCAUUCUAGAGCAGGCAAACCAGAUUUUGCACGUCGUAUUUCUUUGUCUGCCGUUCUUGUGGGCAAUGGGAAUUCUGCCCCCGCUUGACGCACUUUUUCUAUGGGGAAUGGAACAACUGUUGGAGUUUGGACUAGGAGGUUCACCUAUGUCAAGUAACACAAAGUUGUUAGUAAUGUUUCUCAUUUCUGCUGGAACAGCAAUAGCAUCGUAUUUCAUUCCCAGCACUCUCGGUGUGAUCCUCUUCAUGACUGGAUUUGGGUUCAUACUGAGUCUUAACCUAAGCGAGAUUGGUUUUGCCUUCAAACGCACCAUGAGCAGCCGUUUAGCCUCCAGCAAAUCUAAAGAUAUGCAUAGUGGUCUUAGAAUACAGCUUGGGUGGAGGGAGUUGAUUUUUUAUUUGACUGUACUGACACUUGCUCUCACAGAAGCUAGCCUGCUGCAUCAGUUUGCAGGCUUUUCAUCGUUUUCCAAGGCCAGUCCCCAGGCUGUAGUGAGUUACAUUCUGCUGGUAUUACUUGUAACUGUGUGGAUUCUUAGAGAGAUUCAGAGAGUGUACUUGUUUGGAACCUUCCGAAACCCCUUUUAUCCCAAGGAUAUCAGGACUGUGACUGUAUUCAUGGAGAAGCAAAGAAGGCUAAUGAAAGUUGGUGUUGUCAGGAGGAUUUUACUAACACUAGUGUCUCCAUUUGCUAUGAUAGCAUUCCUGUCACUAGACCGGUCACUGCAAAACCUUCAUUCUGUCUCUGUUUCCAUUGGAUUCACAAGAAUAUUUAGGAUGGUAUGGCAGAAUACAGAAAAUGCCCUACUGGACAUUGUGGUUGUGUCAAUAGUGCAAAUGUUGGUGUUCAAUCCAGACCUGUGGUGGAACAAGAGCCUUGAUACAGGAAUCAGACUAUUGCUGGUUGGUAUCCUACGGGAUCGACUGCUUCAGUUUGCCUCAAAGUUGCAAUUUGCCAUAGCCAUUCUUUUGACAUCAUGGACAGAGAAAAAACAACGUCGUAAAUCUGCUGCCACCUUAAUCAUGUUGAACGUGGUUUUCUUCCCAAUCCUGCUGAUCUUCAUUGCCAUUUCUGCGCUCCUUUCUUCUCCACUGCUGCCUCUCUUCACCCUACCAGUAUUUCUGAUUGGGUUUCCUAGGCCGAUCCGAAGCUGGCCAGGACCAGUGGGUGCUACAGCAUGUGUUUGCUCUGACACAGUGUACUACCAGCAGAUGGUUCCAAGCCUGGCUCUUGCUCUGCAGUCUGCAUUAGCAGCUGGUAGCCUAGGUCUCUCUCUACCUGGGUCACAUUAUUUGUGCCGUUUUCAGGAUAGACUAAUGUGGAUAUUGGUUCUGGAAAAAGGCUUCACUUACUGUGGUGUUAAUAUUAAGGGACUGGAGCUGCAGGAAACAUCUUGUCAUGCUGCUGAAGCUCACAGGGUGGAUGAGAUUUUUGAAAUGGCCUUUGAACAUCAGGAGCACGCAAAGAUGCUCUCUCUCAAUCACCAUUUUGGACACAUUUUGACUCCUUGUACUGUUCUACCUGUGAGACUGUAUUCUGAUGCCAGAAAUGUGUUAUCUGGAAUAAUUGACUCCCAUGAGAAUUUAAAGCAUCUAAAAGAUGAUUUCAUUAAAGUGCUUGUAUGGAUGCUUGUCCAGUAUUGUUAUAAAAAAUCAAAAGCAUGGGAAACCCUGGGCAGUGCAGACAGGAACAAGAAAGGACCAUUUGCAGGAAAGCAGCACAGUGGUGCAGUAGGAGCACCCAGGCCCCUGAGGGAUGAAGAAAGCUUUAGCGUUGAUACAGUUGAGGACUGGACUGAUGAUAGUGAUGUUUUUGAUCUCGAACCCAGGGGCAAAAUGAGAGACAGAAAAGAACCUCGACAUUUGGGAAUGACACCAAAAGUGCACCUGUCUAUUCCAGGAUCUGUAGAAACACAAAGCCAAGAUAUCCUGCAGGAAAUGUUGCCAGAAGAUAAAUUGCACAGGGCUGUUGUGCUUGGGCUUCCUGCUGUAGACAAAGGAAAACAGCAGGAAGUUUUACCUCGGGUUGAGUUUAGUUGCUCUUACUCAGAGCUAUUGAGCAUCCCUGAAGAAUGGAGAACAGCCCCAGUGCCUCCUUCCAAAGUCCAUGAAAUGAGGCAGAAGUUUCCAGAAGAAUGGUACCAUUUCAUUUUGAGUCAGCUGGACUUUUUUCACCUGAAAGACAAGCCUUCCAAUUUACUUGAUGACCUUAUGAAAGAUAAAGCUUUACAAGACUUAUACGUCCACGGUGUAUUGUCAUGUUGUUUCGGUCUAUUUGGACUGGAUAACACGGUGCCUGCCCCGAGCCACGUGUUCAGAGCCUACACUGGUGGUAUUCCUUGGUCUGUAGGCUUGGACUGGCUAACUGGCAAACCAGAGCUGUUCCAACUUACAUUAAAAGCAUUCAGAUACACUUUUAAACUCAUGGUUGACAAAGCAAGCCUGGGUCCAGUUGAGAACUUCAAAGAGCUUGUUAACUAUCUGGAAGAAUAUGAAAAUGACUGGUACAUUGGGCUGGUGUCAGAUCUUGAGUGGCAGCAAGCAGUUCUCCAAGAAAAGCCAUACCUGUUUUCUUUGGGGCAUGAUCGAAAUAUGGGAAUUUACACUGGGCGAGUCCUCACUCUCCAGGAACUGUUAGUACAAGUGGGAAAGCUUAAUGAUGAAGCUGUCCGAGGUCAGUGGGCAAAUCUGUCCUGGGAGCUGCUGUAUGCCACGAACGAUGAUGAAGAACGCUACAGCAUCCAGGCACACCCAGUUCUUCUGAGAAACCUCACUGUGCAAGCUGCAGACCCACCUCUUGGCUACCCUGUUUAUUCUUCUGAGCUUCUGCAUCUGUCUUUGUUCUAGACCGUCUGUAGCACUUCUUUGUUAUUAUUUUCUCUUUUCCAUUUGCCUGUUGGGAAAGAUGCUUAUGCUACAUUUAUACACUACAAGACUGAGAAUUGCGCUGGGUGGCAGUGCCAAACCAGUGUAUGUGAUUUGCACAGAAGUGGUGCUAGCCAAAACCUUCAGCAGGCAGGAAGUUCUGUUUUCUUGCUGCUGGAACAUUUGAGACACCAUUGCCAGUGUGGCUGACAAGCCGGGAGAUGCUGAAAUUCUCUUCUCCAGGUUAGAGAAGAGCAGCAUGAUUCUGAUCAUUAACUGUGGUGUAUUCUGAUCUUUUUCUUUGUAAUAGUUGGACAGGUGACUUGCACUGACAGGUUACAGCUCCCUGUAGAACCGUCAACCACAGAGUUGGUAACCAAAGUGUAUAUAUGAUUAUUUAUAUGAUUUCUUUUUUUUAUUCUGGCCAUUUUAUAUUGGACUGAGUUCAGUUUUAGUACUUGUGAUAAUAUAAGAUUUUGGGUGAUCUUCCUUAGUUGUAGUAAGUUAUCAGCUGUGCUUUUGUGAAGUUGUAAGGGAGGAUUUUUACCAAAGUACAUGUUGUGGGGGCAAAGAUAUUCAUAUAAAAGAGUUUGCAUUCUGACACAUUAAUAACCUGUAUGGCCUGCUGAUGAAAGUGGGCAUGUAUGGUUAGGGGACAGAUAGAAUUUAGGUCCAAAUGCAUUAAUUUUAUUUCCUUCUUCCAGUACCCAGCUAUAUAUACUUAAACUGUUGUAUGUAUCCUAUGUCCUCAUCACUAAGCAGUCUUCCACAAAUGCAGUGAGUGCUCGAUGACUGAGGGUGGAGCCCAGCUGUCUUUGGCAGAUCUGUUAUUAUGGUUUUGUUUUGUUUUGUUACCUUAGCAGAGCUUAAGACAAUUGGCAAUUGUUUUAUAUUAUUACAGGUCUGGGUCAUCUCUCCAGUGAUUACUUUAUCCCGGUCAUUACUACCAGUCAUUAGCACAUAAAUGUAUUUUCUCUGUAGAUCUGUAGUUACAGUGUAGUUAUUGCUGGUGUAGGUUGAGCAGGAUUAAAUACUUGUCUUUCUUCAAGCUGUAGAAUCAAUUUAAAGCACAUCUGCUCUGUAGCUGGUAUGGUGUUGGUUUAGAGAACCCUGUCCUGCAUAACUUGGAGAAUGUGUAUUACUUCUGCUCCUCACCUUUAAGAUGUUCUUCAGUUGGAUAAAAUUUGUCACGGGAUUGUGUGCUAUGUAUGUGGUUAUUAACUGUGUGUUUUCACCAGUGAAGUAUGCAAACCCUGUAAUGGAAUUCUGAAGUGGCUGUUCUGGUACCAUCAAACACCAAAGUAUAACUUCCGCAGUACAGUAUGAAAUUCCCACAGAGUAUUCAUGGAAUCAGCUUUUAGACAGUGGUUGUUUGGUGUGCUGCAGGAGCAUGAACAGCAAAGUGCUGAUAACUACACAAAUCCUUGCUUGCCCUGUACCUGGAAACACAGAGUUGUGGACACAGAUCUGAUGGGGGCUUUUAUAGAGCACCUGCUUCAGCUCCCAGUCAAGGAGGACUAUCCUGGCAGAUGUUUUAAGUGGGAUAAAACAUUUCAUACCAGUUGGAAAGGUUGGGAUUGUUGUUUGUUUGUUUUUUUCUUGUCUAAUUUAAACCUCCCUGCCUCAAUGUACACCUCCAACUGACCUUCACAGAAAAUUUAAUUCUUUUGUUUUCUACUUUGUCUUCUAUAAACUGAAUAAACUAGUUGAGAAAAGACUGAAGAGAGCUGCGAUCAUUUUCUCUUGCUUUUCCUAGUUCUCUCCAUCUGGUACCCAGCCUUCUUGAAAAGCAUUGCUGGUAACUGGUGUUACUGGCCCCGGUUUUCCAGCAGAGAUCUCGAUUGGUACCAGAUGGAGGAAUAGAAUUAGUUAUGUGCAGAAUUCCUGUUUACGGACAGACUCCAGUGUGCUGUGGCAUCCUGUCCCCUGCUACUGCAGGCAGCAUGUCCUGCAGCCCCUCAUUCAUGAAUGUACUGAGUCAAUUCAUACAUUCCAGUACAUUGUGUGACAGCAUGACACUGACUCUUGGUAAUGAUUUUCUGUAGCCCUCUUCAGAAUCUAAUUUUUGACAGAACCACUGGUUAAAGUCUCUUGGUCUGCACUAGAGAUUGAUGUGGCUCAGUGCCUCUGUUACGUGUGUUGUUUUCUGUGUGUUACUUGAACAGUCUCAUUUGUUUUGGAGCAUUUCCUUGAUUUAUGAGGAAUUUCCAGCACUUUCAAGCCAGGUUUGUCUGCUGCUCUUAGAAGCACCUAUGCUACUACUCAUCUGUCUGAGGGAAUGAUUUGGGAUGCAGUAUCUGGUUGACCCCUGAGAACUGCUCUACCUUUGUAACCAGGUAUGCAUCAGCUAUGUUGUAAAUUGUUAUUAACACCUGCUUGCUUUACAGAUCGCAGUAUUCAUCACACAAAGGUAAGCAUAAGGCACUGUGGCCUUGAAAAAGAAUACUGAACAAGAUCAGCUUUAAUCUAACAAAAGUUCAGUGCUCAUUAGAGGAUUUUCACCCCUUCUGAUCUAAGCAGGAUUUUUUUAGCUCUCAUACAAAAACAUUAAGUCCCAGAGACAGCCUGUCUCAUUUCUGUUACUAUGAGGCAACAGGAAUCAGCUUAAUGGAGUGAAAUGAACCUUCUGUUCUUCCAGAGCUGCAUGAGACUUGCUUGUCAUUUGAUCAGUCAUUUUUGUUCUAGACAGUAGAUUCCUUCUGUAUUAAAAGUCUUGUGAAAAAUGUCACUUUUGACUCUGCUAUGCUUAGGAAGUUUCAGCAUUUUAUAAAUAUAUUACUCUUUUAUUAUUGCUCAAUUAUAUAUAUGAAGUAGGAUUAUUAUUAUUUUUAACCUGGAGAGUGUGUGGCUUCAGGUACAUCCAAACAUUACUGAGGACUUCAGCAGCAAAAAGGUCACUAAGCUUGUAAACAUAGGGAAAUUACCACUACAGAAGUAUUUCUAGUUAACAAUUGAACUGAAUGUUAAUUCAACUGUAGAAGUUUUAAAACUGCAGUCCUCAGUUCUCCACCUCUGAUGUUGGGAUUUGCUUCUGCUUUGUAUGAAGGUGCCUGCUUCUGGGAGGGCUGGGAGCUUUGUCUCAUUUGUGGGUGUCUUGAGUCACCCACAAUGCAAUGCCUGCCCUAAUUCAGCUCCAACACAAACGCUGUUGUCUUGGCUGUAAGCAACUUGAUGUAACAAGUUCGUUGUUAAUGCCAUGCCUGUGCUUGUAGCUACAUGUUGUUCUGCUAUAGGAACUCUUCCCCUUCUUCUCAUGAUACUCUACAGCAUGUACCAGGCUUAGUGCAAAGCUGAGUGCCUGCUAUGACAGAGGUUACAGUCAUAUCAUCACUUUCUUUCUUCCCCAUUGCCCAAGUUUCAGACUUCACUUCACCAACCAGAAACCUGAGGUCUGUGGGCUCUGCAGUUGUCCUUGGAGUCCUGAAGACAAAGUACUUCAAAAUACUGAUGAAAUCUCAUCUCCUUUUCCCAAAGGAACAAUUCUCAAACACUGACUAUGCUUCCUUUAACUACAAGCUUCUACGAGUGUUUUUCUUCUGCUAAUGGCCCAUUAGGAGUAAAAGUGAAGGAAAUAGAGUCCUGUGGGUAUAAAAUUCAUAGCUU